GUAGUUAAUUUACUCAACGAACUAUAUGGGAAUUUUGAUGCAAUCAUUGAGGAACACAGCGCGUAUAAGGUAGAGUCUAUUGGUGACGGAUACCUUUGCGUGUCAGGACUUCCUGCCAGGAAUGGUCAUCAGCAUAUCAAGGAAAUUGUAGAGAUGUCACUCAGCUUUAUGAAUUAUUGCGAAAACUUCAGAAUAGCGUCUCUUCCUCGAGAAAGGGUUCAACUACGCAUUGGAAUUAACAGUGGUCCUUGUGUAGCAGGUGUUGUGGGAUUAACCAUGCCACGCUACUGCCUUUUUGGCGACACGGUUAACACGGCUUCGAGAAUGGAAAGUAAUGGAAAGGCAGGAAAAAUCCAUCUCAGUGGCAACUCAUUCACAUUGUUGGAACGUCAUUAUGCUGGAGUUUACGAUACUGAAAGUCGUGGAGAUGUAAUAAUAAAGGGAAAGGGAGUAAUGGAAACGUACUGGGUCCAUGGACGUAGUGCAGGAAAAAUCCAUCUCAGUGGCAACUCAUUCACGUUGUUGGAACGUCAUUAUGCCGGAGUUUACGAUACUGAAAGUCGUGGAGAUGUAAUAAUAAAGGGAAAGGGAGUAAUGGAAACCUACUGGGUUCAUGGACGUCGUGGAGAGCAAAUGAGAGCUUAUCAAAAGGCUGAAGAUCUCGAAGAAGAUGAAGAGAAACCAACUAUCGAGAGGACUGCGCCCAAGACCAAUGACGAGAAUGCUCUUGCUCAGCUCGAUAAUCCCCUCUAUAGGGAGUAUAAACUCCAAAACACCUUAUAA